UUUGGACUGGAGAUAUUUAGCAUGGCAUUAGUGAAGGUGUCUUGACGACGCUCACUAUGGCGUUUUUCUAUGUUCAUUGUGUAGUGGUGUGUAUAUGCUCAUAAGGUGGGCUUAGAGAUGGAGACUUAUCAAAAUAUACUUUUUAACAUUUCAUUUCGUGCUGGCUUUGCUGUUUUCGCUGUGGUAUGGGCAGCGAUAGUUGCUGUUUUGAGAGUGUGUGGCUGGCUGUGCACGUGUUUUCCUGGGUUUCUGAGCGUAUAUAAACUUCUCUUCUGGCUUCUAUGCUUCUCUUCAUCACACACUUUCUUCUAUUUUCUCCAAAAAAUGAGCCAUUCUGGGCCAUGGAGAAUAUUUUCUUCCAAAAACCACGCCUGCAAUAUUUAUGGGCAAGAGUCCGUCUUUCCAAAACCAACUACCCUUCGAAAUCAACGUUCAAAAUACUUCUCCUAAACUUAUGCGUCCACUUCCACUUGGAAACAUUUCCUACAAAAAUGCACUGCUGAAUUCCCAUGGAGUCGGCUGGGUGGUUCAAAAAUCAC